AUGGACAAAUUAACUGAUAAAGAGGAACAACGUUUUCAAAGAACCAAGUUCUGUCAAAAAUGUUCAAAACAUUUUAAAAACAAUAAUUUGGUUAAAGUUCGAGAUCACUGUCAUUUUACUGGCAAAUAUAGGCAAUGUCUCUGUCUUCAAUGUAAUUUCGAAAUAACUAGUCCAUCGUUCGUUCCAAUAUUCUUUCAUAAUUUAUCUUAUGAUAGUCACUUCAUAAUUCGGGAACUAGGUUGCGAUGAUAAAGAUAUUCAUAUUAUUCCUAAUUCAUCGGAAAAAUAUAUAUCCUUUAGCAAGGAAAUCGCACCUAGAUUUAGUAUUAAAUUUGUCGAUACAUUCCGUUUUAUGAGUGAGUCGCUAAGUAAACUUGCAGCCAAUUUAUCUGAAGAUAAGUUGAGGUUUAGAGAAACCCUAAAAAUAUUUUCAAUCAAAUCAUUAGAUUUAGUUACACGGAAAGGAGUCUUCCCUUACGAAUAUGUCGAUAGUUGGAGUAAAUUAGACAAUGCUUUUUUACCAUCAAAGCUUGAAUUUUAUAACUCGUUAACAGAUGAACAAAUUAGUGAUGAAGAUUAUAGACAUGCAAAAAAUGUAUGGAAUACAUUUGACGUAAAGACUUUGGGUGAAUAUAGCGAUCUUUAUUUAAAAACUGAUGUUACCAUACUAGCUGACGUGUUCGAAAAUUUUAGAGACAUAUGUUUAUCUACUCUCAGAAUAGAUCCUGCUCAUUAUAUGACUGCCCCUGGAUUUGCUUUUGAUUGUAUGCUUAAGUAUACAAAGGUUAAAUUAGAGAGGUUAAAGGAUUAUAAUAUGUUACUCUACUUCAAAAAAUCAAUCCGAGGCGGUAUUUGUCAAUCAACUAAAAGAUAUGCUAAAGCAAACAUACCAAAUAUUGAAGGAUUGGACUAUAAUUCGAAUGAACCGAUUACUUGGAUUACAUAUCUCGACUGUGUAAAUUUAUAUGGAAAGUCUAUGUUGACAGAACUACCUUUUAAAGAUUUUGAAUGGGUUGAUGAUCUCGACAUAGAUGUAACUAAAAUUUCUGAAGAUUCUGAAGUAGGAUAUAUAUUAGAAGUUGAUAUCGAGUACCCUAAACAUUUACAUAAAACCCAUAAUGAUUUUCCGUUUUUACCGUUUAACGAAUGCCCACCAAAUUCGAAAGUUGAGAAAUUGUUAACUACUCUAUCACCGAAAAAAAACUAUAUUGUACAUUACAAAAAUUUAAAACAAGCGAUUUCUCACGGUCUUAAAUUAGUAAAAAUUCAUCGAGCUAUCCGCUUUUCACAAAAAAAAUGGAUGGCAUCAUACAUUGAGUUCUGUACAAAAAUGAGAGCAGAAGCAAAAAAUGAGUUUGAAAAAAAUUUCUGGAAGUUGUUAAUUAAUAGCGUUUUUGGUAAAUGUAUGGAGAAUGUCCGAGCAAGAACUUCUAUAAAACUGGUUUCAUCAGAAAAAAAAGCGAAUAAACUAAUGACAAAAACUAGUUUUAAAGACAGAACUAUAUACUCUAAAAAUCUCAUGGCUAUUCACCAACAUAAGGAAACUAUUAAAUUCGAUAAGGCAAUUUAUGUGGGAUUUGCAAUUUUAGACGUUUCGAAAACAUUUAUGUACGAUUUUCACUAUAAUGUCAUGAAGAAAAGGUAUGGUACUAAAAUUAGUUCUUUAUAUUCGGAUACUGAUUCCUUGAUAUACGCUAUUCAAACUACAAAUUUUUUCAAUGAUUUAAAAAAUGAUUUAUUACCAUAUUUUGAUACAUCUAAGUAUCCCAAAGACCAUUAUUGUUUUAGCGAAUUACAUAAAAGUCAGCCAGGCUUUUUCAAGGAUGAAUUGAAAGGAAUUAUACUUAAAGAAUUCGUUUCAUUAAGACCGAAAUUAUAUGCGUACAAAACUGUAGACGGUACUGAGGAAAAAAAAGCAAAAGGCGAUAAAUUAACUCACAGGGUCAUGAAUUUUAUCCAAUCAAACAAACAUGUUGUUCAAUCGAAAACAAUGAACGAACUUGUUCUAAGCGCUAAUGACGAUAAACGUUAUAUAAAUGACGACGGGAUAAAUACUUUGGCUUAUGGUCACUACAAACUAGAUAAAUUAUAUAAUUAA